UUGCAGUGCUGACCAUAAAGGCCCUGCUUUGCCAUCUGGAGUGUGAGGAUGUGGUGGUUUCGAUGGAACGCAAGCGUGGCUGGGACACGCUCCUCAGGCCUGACACCCACCACUACGCAGUGGGUCUGCUGGCCAGGGAGAUGCGCCGUGCCUCGAGCCCCUUGAAUUCCUGGAUUGCCCCCUGCCUGCUGGAGCUGCUGAGCAGGGAGGAGCCCCGCUGGGAGCUUCCCGCCAUGGCCUUCCUUGUGGAGGUCCUCGACUGCCUGGACAUGACCGAAUGGAGUGAGAGCUUCCUGGAGAUCCUUGCAAGGCACCUGUGGAGCGAGUGCCCAGAGAGGCGUCGCCUGGCACUCAGAGGCCUCGUGGUGCUCAGCAAGGAUCCUGUGAUGGCUGACAGAGUGUGGACCCUGACAGAAAGCCUGAUGGACUUUCUGUGGGAUGAAGACAGAGAGCUGAUUGUGAUGGCUCUCUCUGUAUUCAUCAAUGAAGUCCAGGACAGAGACACCCCAAUCUCCACCCCCACUGCCCUGCAGCUGGCUGAGGUGCUGCAGCCACUCUUUGGCUACGACAACAUCCACGUGCAACUGCUCUCCAUUCACCUCUUCCGAAAGGUGAUGGAGCUGGGAGUGGACAAGAGAAAACAACACGUGAUCCAGAGCCUGCUGCCACUCUUCUUCUACUGGCAGGAUGAGAACCAGCAU